GGGAAAAGCUUCAGUCGGAGCUCUGCCCUUAUCAGACAUCAGAGAAUCCACACUGGAGAGAAACCUUAUGAAUGCUCUGAGUGUGGGAAAUGCUUCAUCGAUAGUUCAGCCCUCAUCUCACAUCAGCGAAUCCAUACAGGAGAAGCGCCCCACACAUGCGCUGAGUGCGGGAAAAGCUUCAGUCGGAGCUCAAACCUUAUCAAACAUAGGAAAAUCCACACAGGUGAGAAACCUUAUGGAUGCUCUGAGUGUGGGAAAUGCUUCAUCAAUAGUUCAGGCCUCAUCUCACAUCAGAGAAUCCACACAAGGGAGACGCCUUACACGUGCGCUGAGUGCGGGAAAAGCUUUAGUCAGAGCUCUGUCCUUAUCAGACAUCAGAGAAUCCACACAGGAGAGAAGCCCUACACAUGCUCUGAGUGUGGGAAAAGCUUUAGUCAGAUCUCAGACCUUAUCAGACAUCAUAGAGUCCACACAGGAGAGAAGCCCUACACAUGCCAUGAAUGUGGGAAAAGCUUCAGUCGGAGCGCUGCCCUUAUCACACAUCAGAGAAUCCACACAGGUGAGAAACCUUAUGAAUGCUCUGAGUGUGGGAAAUGCUUCAUCGAUAGUUCAGCCCUCAUCUCACAUCAGCGAAUCCACACAGGAGAAGCGCCCCACACAUGCUCAGAGUGUGGGAAAAUCUUCAAUCGGCGCUCACACCUUAUCGUACAUCAGAGAAUCCACACAGGAGAGACGCCCUACAUGUGCUCUGAGUGUGGGAAAAGCUUUAGUCAGAGCUCUGCCCUUAUCAAACAUCGAAGAAUCCACACAGGAGAAAGGCCCAACACAUGCUCUGAGUGUGGGAAAAGCUUUAAUCAGAGCUCACACCUUAUCAAACAUAGGAAAAUCCACAUGGGAGAGAAACCCUAUGAAUGCAGUGAGUGCGGGAAAAGCUUCUCUCGGCGCUCAACCCUUGUUACACAUUACAGAGUCCACACAGGAGAGAGACCAUAUGAAUGCUGCGAGUGUGGGAAA